AUGUCCGCGUGCGCCGGAGUCGCCAGCUCGGCGGUCGCAUCGACCCUCCAGCUGCACGAAGCCCGUAGGGGAAUCCCUGCUGGAUUCUCUAUCCACGGCGCGGCGGCGCCCGACACCGUGCUGAACCUUCGUAUGGCGCUCGUCCAGAGCAACUUUGCUGGGCUCGAGGAGCGGCUCUACGACGUCAGCACGCCGUCGAGUGCCAAUUAUGGCAAGCACUUGUCCAAAGCGGAGGUCGAGCAGUACGUCGCGCCCAAGCAGGACAGUGUCACUGCCGUCAACGCGUGGCUCGCUGCCAACGGCCUCAGCGGGACGCCCAUAUCGCCCGCCGGGGACUGGAUCGCCGUCCAGGUGCCGGUCAGCAAAGCGAAUAAGCUUCUCGGCGCCCAAUUCUCCGUCUUCCAAGACGACGCCACUGGUCGUCAAGUUAUCCGGACGUUGUCGUACUCUAUCCCCGCCGAGCUCAAGGACCACCUGGACCUCGUUCAUCCUACCAUUACCUUUGCAGACAUAAAGCCUCUUGUACCAGUGGUCUCUGCGCAUCGCGAAGCCCGUGUGCCGGUCGACUCCGCUCUCGUUGCGAACGCUGUCCCGACAACGUGUGAUGUGGAUAUCACGCCGGCGUGCUUGCAGGACUUAUAUGGCAUCCCUUCGACGCCUGCGACGCAGUCGAGCAACCAGCUCGGUGUUAGCGGUUUCAUUGACCAGUUUGCUAACCAAGCGGAUCUGGAGACAUUCUUGACAAAAUUCCGCCCAGACGUGUCCAACAGCACGACGUUUAACCUGAAAGCCCUUGACGGUGGCCAGAACCCUCAGGAUCCGUCUGACGCCGGUAUCGAAGCCAAUCUAGAUACUCAAUACACCGUCGGCAUCGCUACGGCGGUCAACACUACCUUCUUCUCCGUCGGCGACAGCACAAAGGACGGGAUCUUCGGCUUCCUGGACUUGAUCAAUUCUCUCUUAGCAGAGCCUGCUCCGCCCCAGGUUCUGACGACCAGCUACGGGGCCGAUGAGGGCGCACUAUCCCAAAACCUGGUUCGGAAUUUGUGCCAAGCGUACGCUCAGCUCGGUGCGAGAGGAACGUCUAUCCUCUUUUCCUCGGGCGACGGUGGCGUCUCCGGCUCGCAGGCAAAGGGCUGCGUCCAGUUCGUCCCGACCUUCCCCUCCGGCUGCCCCUUCCUAACCUCCGUCGGCGCCACCCAACUAACCACCACCUCCGGACUCACCAUCGAAACGGCCGCUGAGUUCUCAUCGGGCGGGUUCUCCAACUUCUUCCCGACGCCCGCAUACCAGCAGGCCGUCGUCGACACAUACAUCAACAAGACACUCGCUAACGGCACAGUCAAUGAAGGCCUCUUCAACGCCAGCGGGCGGGCGUUCCCGGACGUCUCCGCGGCCGGCGUCGACUACCUGAUCGUCGUGAGCGGCGACACGGACAUCGUCUCGGGCACGAGCGCGUCGAGCCCGCUGUUCGCCAGCGUUAUCGCGCUCAUCAACGACCGUCUCGCAUCUAAAGGGAAGCCGCCGCUUGGGUUCUUGAACCCGUUCUUGUACUCGGAGGCUGGCGCGAGCGCGUUGAACGACGUCACGGAGGGCUCGAACCCUGGCUGCGGCUCGCAGGGCUUUCCUGCCGCACAGGGAUGGGACCCGGUUACUGGCUUGGGGACGCCUAACUUCGCGAAGCUGCUCGCCGCCGCUCUCGACUUGCCGUAG